AUGGACGCAGGCGGUCUUGCUCAGAUGUCCUACAACAACUUCCCAUCCAGCAAUGGAUUGGGUAUGCCCGGAUCUGGUUUUGCUUCCCGACGAGCAAAUGGGUCCAACAUCAAGCGUCUCUCUUUCGAGACAACAAAGCCAUCCGAUUCUCAAGACAAUGGUGCCCCAACACCUCGCACCUCCCGAUCUCACUUGCUUGCUGGCCUGAGGACUGCGCCAAAGUCAGCCACAUCCAGCACGUUCCCUUCCACGGCACCUCCAACCCAGACAGAACACAAUAUCGGACUUCGAGGUAGCAUCUACGCCGAGAAGGAAUCAUAUGGUGGACCGAAGACAUCCCGAAACUUUGACCUUCAGAAUAGCUAUGGCAGCCAGAUGAACUCCAACCGCCAAAUGUACUCUGUGCCAGAGCAGAUUCUUGCUCCACCAGAGAUUCUUGUUGACGAGCACGGCCAGGAGCAGAUGGAUCCAAAUCUGUAUGCUCAGCUCGUGGCCACAAACAUGUAUCUUGCAGAGCAACAACAACGUCUGCAACAACAGCUCAUGAGUGUCCAGGCAGCUGCUCAACAAUUCCAGGGCAUGAACUUGGGCAUGGGAAACCAGAUGCAACAACAAUUUGCUACUCCUCCAAUCACACCACAAAACUUGGGAAUGUAUCAACAGCAGCAGGUCAAGAACAACAUGCAACCCAUCAUCACUCCAGUGGUGGGCGCUCAACCUGGCGUCUAUUCGUACUACAACCCCAUGACUGGGCAGCAAAGCUAUUUCAUGGAUAACAGUGCUCAGCAAAACAACUACAUGGAUCAGCAAAUUGUCCAGCAGACUGUUAACUAUUCGCCACCACAGCAAAAUGGUACUCCUCGGUUCCAAGUCUCACCACCCCCUCAGUCCGAUGCGCCUACAUUCACACGAAGCAUCAGCCCACCCAAGAAAUCUCAAUCUCCUCCCCAAGACCACAUGCCGCUCCCACCGCCAUCUGCAAGCGCCUUCCGCCGAGGGCACCGUAAGGCUAACUCGAUGGCUAUUGGCACGGAUAUUCAAACAAACAUUGAUGGUCCGAGAUCUGCUCUUCUUCCCAAGAGCAUGGGUUUUCCUUCGACACCAGUGGCAUCGGGCUUCGGUCCAGGACAAGCUCGUGCUGGAGAGCACCCGAUCCGCCAACCUCGUGGCCCACCUCCCUUGGAUGAGCUGACCGCCAAACCCACUACCAAGUUUGAGGGUAGCAAAAACUUUGCUACCCGUACACGCAGAAGUGCUGUCCACAAUCUUGUUCGUGCGGGGUUGGAACGCCGCAGAGCUCCGGGCAGUGCAGGCUCUGGUAGCAUGUCUCCUGUCUCCGAGGCGGGUGAGCUCACAUUUUCUGCCUCGUCAGAUGAUGGGUCAGAUAGUGGUCGUAGUGGAAGUGGAAGUCUUUCCGGCCGACCCAGCCACGGCAGCCCUCGUACUUCAGCCCAUGGUGCGAUUGGUUCUGAUCGUCCAUCAUCGCGACAGAAGGAGCGCUCACUGGAGCGCUCACUGGAGCGCAAGUCCGUCACCUCCGUUGACAGCAACUUCACAACUGCCAGUGUCGGCAGUGAUGAGGGAUCUGUCGGAGGUAGUUUUGCGGCUGUUUUCAAGAACGGUGGAAAGAAAGCUGAGGCUGUUGACGUUGAGCGCAAAGCACCUAUGCUCGUUCUUACAUCAGCUGAGAAACGCAAAAGUUCCCUCUAUUAG